AUGCAUUAUCCGCACGCCCUCUCGCGCUCCCGCGAGGCCCCCUACCCCCAUGCGUCCUCCAGCAGCUCCCUCUCUUCCGCAGCGUCCUCGGACCUCCUCCCUGCGGCAGCGCCCUCCAUCUCUUCUCAGUCCGAUAUUGCCUCCGAUCUCUCUCUCUCGUCUUCCCCCAAGGCCCUGCCGCCUCUCAAAGCUGCUAACCGCUUCUUCUUACCGCUCCAGCACCGUUCGCCCUCUGCGCCAGUGUCUGCUAUGGGCCAGUCGCUCGCCCCUGCCACACAGCCAUCUCGUCCAGCUUCGCCUGCCAAUGCCAGCACUGGGCCUGCUAGCCGCAUCAAGCGCGCGUGGGCCGUUCGCAGGAAGAAAUCAGAGGAUGUCACCGCCGUCUUUGCCGCCUCGGGCUUCCCCUCCAAGGACAAGGCGCGCGAGAGCACCGACACUGAUUAUGACCCAUCCGCGUCCGUCUCGGAUCUCUCACAUACGUCAUCCCACGCGAACUCACUUGCGAGCGACCGUGGGCACAAUCCGUUCGCGAUCGCGUCCACCAAGCUCAAUGUCUUUGGCGGUAGAAAGGUGACGGGAGGUUCGGAACCCAAGAACUUCAAGCAUAGCGGGAGCCCACCACCGCCGCCUCCACCGCCCAAAGAGGCAUCUGCGCCUCCAACCCCGCGAAGGGCUCCCAUUUCCCCACCGUUAUCUACCCCGCAGCCGUCGCUGCGCGUGCCCAUACCUACUGCUGGCACACCUGUUUUGCGUCCCAAGGAGAGCUUACCGUCGAUACCCACGCAAUCCCCCUCUCCAUCAAUAUCGCCGUCACCCUCACCCUCACCAGCAGCGGACAAGGAGCGGCUAAAGGAGGACUGGCGUAAGAGCGAUUCGACAAUGACGUCGCACUGCACGAUCCGGCCGGGUGCACUUGCGGGAAAUCGCUCGCCAAGGCCAGUGUCGCUGGCCGAGUCGAGCCAUUCUGGGCACACCAUCGUACCGGUCAACAAGCGGCUGAGUGCCCUGCUCACAGAUUCCGAGUUUGCAAUGGUGGAGGAGAGCUCCGAUGACUCGGAGGAAGAGCAAGAGGGCGAGAGGUUGGCCCGCAUUAUGUCAGGCUCGAGAGGAGGGAAGUCAUCGUCGCCCGCGGCUUCCGUCAGGACGCGCAAUCGUCGCUCGCUCUCGGUGAACUUCCCCCCAGGGCAUCCGUUCAGCCACGCACCCGAGUCGGCGCCCCAGGUGCCCACACGUCCCCCUUCGAGUGCGGGUUAUUACGCGAUACAUGCGCCCAGUGCCUCCGUGUCGCCGCUGAUGACGACGAUAUCGCGCGACUCGCCAACGCUUACGCGCACGGCGGCGAACGGCUUCAUCGCGCCGCUGAACACUGCUGGCGCCCAAUACAGUACUGGGAGCCACAUCAAGAGGCGGCUCGCGGCGUGGACAUCCGCUUCGGCAGGAAACACGCCCACACGUAUGCACCCAGCCCAACCACUCCCUGCUGUGCCUCCAACGUCGCAGCGUAUGGCUUGGCGGCGCGUCUCGCCGCCGAAUCAGGCAUCGGAAGGACAUCUGCAGGCUCAAAGCUCGAGUCCCCCACCGUCCUUCAGACAGACUGCGGUCAGCAUGACCGGAAGCCUCGCGCCUGCAGCAGGACUUGCAGUGGGCCUGGGCAAGCGCGCCGUCGAGAAAGUUGGCCGCGCGUGGGGUGGGUUCAGCACGUCGAGCAGCGGACACAGUCUCGGCGCGGGAUCAGUGCACUCGGUGUCGACCUCGUCCGUCGCAUCGUCGGACCACGGCCACGGGUUCCCUCUGGGCCGGACGGUAUCGAAAGAGUCGAGUAGUGUGUUGUCGCAUGUGGGGAGUGGCUUGAGCGGGGUGGUGUCGGGGAAGGUGAAGGGGAAGAAGGAGAAACGCAAAGGCUUCGCGGCACCAAGCGUUGCGUCGAGCGUGACAUCGUCGUCGGCGUCCGAUAUGGACGGAUUUGUCAUGUCGGGCCCGACGCUGGGACGGAGGCUGCGCGGCCCGCGGCAGACGCCGUCGGGCGCGAGCAUCGUGGGCGGGCUGGUGUUUAAGCGCGACUUGAAGACCUGCGUCGCGGAGACAGCGAUCAGGGGGAACAUGUCGCGCGAUGAGAACGAGGACAGGCGCAGUGUGCCACUACUGGAGGACCGGCUUGUGCCGGCUCUGGUGGUGAGAUGUGCGCAACAUGUGUUGCGGUGGGGUGUGCAAGAGGAGGGGCUGUUUCGAGUGAGUGGGCGGUCGUCGCAUGUCGCAAAGUUGCGCUCGGAAUUCGAUGCGGGGUGUGACUGGGAUAUGGCUGAAUGUGAUCCGUCGGAUUUGGACCCUCAUGCGGUCGCUUCGAUAUUUAAAACAUACCUACGGGAACUACCCGAGUCAAUCUUGACGGCGAGUCUCAUUCCAUACUUCGAGUCUGCGCUCGCUACCGAGAACGAGAAUCGGGCGAGCCUUGACUCGUCGAUCAACGGCUCUGUCAAGUCGCCGCCAACGCACCAACGUAGCGGAUCGGCGCUCGAGUUGCGCAAAGCACCUUCGCUGUCUACGCUUGCUGUUCCCAGCUUCGCCGGAAAGCGUGUGGUGUCGGAUUCGCUCCUCAAUGCCCUCACAUGGCUCAUUUCCCGCCUUCCUGCUGAGAACCGUGACCUGCUAUACACGGUAGCCGAGCUCAUCAAGGCUACGGCAGCUCACAGUUCGCAGACCAAGAUGCCACUCGGCAACCUUCUCCUCGUGUUCUGCCCCAGCCUGAACAUGGCCCCCGAACUGCUGCGCGUGCUAUGUGAGCACGACAUCAUAUGGCAGGGUGUGCCUGAGCCUGUCGCUGAUACCCCAGAGGCGAGUGACGACGCAGAGGCUGAAGAAUCGGAGGACGAGUCUGCAGACAUCCGGGCGACGUUCGUUACCGCACCGGAGCUGAGGCUGAGCGCCGAGGCGUCUGAGGUCCUCUCGCGGGACUCGUCAAUGUCGUCGACCGAUAUCCCCACAGAAGACGACGAAGUGCAUCUGGAGACGCCCGCAGACUCUACGCCUGCUAUCAUCGAACGUGCCAAGUCGUCGGAUGCGAAGAUGGACCACCGUACUGCCCAAGUCAUUGAUGUGGAGAUUGUGGAUCAGCCGGAGAUGUCGACCCCAAAUGCACAGUCGGUGUCUGGGUUUGCUUCUAUGCAGCGUGCGCCGGAGCUCGUGCUGCUGCCGCCGCUCAGCCCCAUCUCCCCAGUUUCGCUCAGGGACGACAGCGGAUCCUUCGUAUCUGCGCUUGGGCCUCCGUCAGCCGUCCCCACAAGAUCGCCUAGCCCUGUCGCAGGAAGUAGGGCAUCAAGCCCUCACGCGGUCCCCACCCUCUCAUCGUCUGCUGAGUCGCUCAGCUCCCCUUCGGAAACAUCCGAGGAGCCAGUAUCACCUCAGCCCCGCUCGUCAACUGAUGCGGAAGGUGAGCAGGAAGGAGCGCGCAGUGUGAACUACAAGCAUGCGCCGGUACUGGACCAUACACAAUCACAGGACUCAUUGGCCAUUCCAAUAUUGUCAAAAGAGGCAACGGACAUGUCCCCUCCGCGCCGCCCUGAAGUAAGCACUCACACUUCCGCCCCUGCAUCGGCUCCCGUAGUUGCCGUGCCGUUCCCGAGUACCGGUGGGACCACCCCUGACACUCCCGUAUCGCGUCGGAAAUCCUUCUCACUGUUGAACUUCCCGUCUCUACGCUCAGACCCUGGCCCCGGUCCGUCUCCCGUUCGAGCCGACCCUAAGAUAUCCCUACUCUCGACAAGCCUUGGCAUCCAUUCAACUAUUCCUCCGCCCUCGAGCUGGCAUCGUCCCAAGCGUCCAUCACUCCAUCUACUCUUGAAGACACUCUCAGGGUCUGGAUCGCGUCCUCAAACUCCAAGCGUUGCAAAUCCUAGUGCGAUGGCCAGCGUAUCGUCACUUCCGGUAUAUGGUAGCCAACAGUCUCCACUCCAGGCUACAGCGUCAGUGCCAUCUCUUACAGAAUUGCCAACGAUUGUCACUCCGAGCGUGCCACCGAAAUUGGAAACAACUAUCUCCUUGUCGCCCAUGGAGCUUGGUUUCCAGGAUGCGGAUGCUCAGUCGGCGGAGCCCAAGCAACAGGUUCAGCCUGCCAUUGUGGAUGCUCGCAAUAAAGGUGUCUCUGAGAACUCACCCUCUUCGUCGAGGCCAGGCUCUCAAGGUGGCGAUAGCCACUUACGGGCGCGCACCGAAUCAUACGCGCCGUCCUUGUAUGCGACACCGCUCGGGACGACACCGCAGACCCCCAUAGCUGAUUUGUAUCAAGUCCAGGCGCGUUCGAAGUCUGCUCUAUCAUUCUUCAAUGACCUAGGCGUUGAGCGCUGUAGAGAGCGGAAGAAGGAAGUGGAUGAACACGGCCUAUAUGUCAUGGCGCGGUCGCACUCUGAGGUGUCGCAGGUCUCAGUCACGCCAUCCAUCGAGCUACCUGUGGAGGACUCCCAGGAGGAUUGGGCCGAGAGCGUUUUGUCAGCUGCCCAGGGUGUGAGGAAUGACAACGAGCUGAACGCCCCCAAUGCAUAGGUGGGCUGUUUACCGGCAAUAAUGACGCUGAGCGUUUUGCUGUUUACUUUCUGUCGAAUGAAUGGUGUUGACAUCGUCUUGGGUUACUAACGUUAACGAUCUGCGUUCAAUAUUUUAAACAUACCGGACAUUUUCUAUCGUCUUUUUAUCUCAUUCGCUUGGUUCUCCUUCAGUUUACACGUCAGGUCUGCACGUAGUAUCUCACCGAUCUCCAUUAACGGUAUCAGUCAUAUCUCGCAGUCGGAAUGUCCUAUGCAUAAUCACCCUCGUCAAGUGUAGUAUUUUCUCAAAAUGAAAUCGGAAAUAGUUAUAAUUC